CCCACUUUUGACAUUUAACCACGUGACGUAAACACGUGGUUUUCAUCUCACUUACCUGUAUAAAAAAAUACAACACAUCUCCAUAAUUCAAUUAUAUUUUAGAAAUGAACUGCUUUGUGUGCCUUUUCCGGAUUAUUCGUAAAGUAUGAGAAAAUAAAUAAAUUAACCAAGUCGUGCAUCGAAAAUAUUUCUGAGAUCGCGAAUCCAAAAUUCACGAUCAGCUGAUCACGCUGCGGACUAUGAGCUUCUUGUUUAAUUUAGUGAAAAACGCAUUUCUCGGAAUGUUGCAAUUAUUAUGGUUCGGCAAACGUAAGAUAUCGAGUUCUCUGAGCAUAUAUAUUAAAACAAAUACCGGGAGCACACUCUCUGUCGAAUUAGACCCAAAAUGGGAUAUAAAGAACUUGAAGGAAAUUGUUGCGCCUCGGAUGGGAAUGGCACCUGAAGACAUAAAGAUUAUAUUUGCAGGUAAAGAACUGCAUAAUUCGACUAUAAUAGAGGAAUGCGAUUUAGGUCAACAAAGUAUCUUACAUGCAGUGCGUACACCUCAUAGAAUGCUUAAUAAAAGGAAGAAUGCAAAUCCUAUAGAGGAAUCUAUAUCUGAGACAUCCGACUUGAAUGACAGCAGUGGCAGCAAACCUAUGAACGAGACACUUAUGGAUCUACCUUUGGAUGAAUCGGAUCAAAAUGUAUCCCUGGAAGAGCAGCAGGAAAAUCGAGCGCAUUUUUACGUAUAUUGUUCAGCGCCGUGUAAAAAUGUGAGAGUAGGUAAACUCAGGGUCAAAUGUGCGAAAUGCGGCAGCGGCGCUGUCACCGUCGACAGAGAUCCUCAAUGCUGGCCAGAUGUAUUGCAAUCAAAGAGGAUAACUGUAAACUGCGAGAGUGAUUUUUGUCCUGCAACCUCGAGCGGAGAGGAGACAGAAUCUCAAGUUUCUUAUGCACAUUUUUAUUUUAAAUGUGCGAAUCAUCCUAGUCUAGGAGAAAAUGAUGAAGCCGUACCACUAUAUCUUGUAAAGCCAAAUUUAAGAAAUAUUCCUUGUCUGGCGUGCACAGAUAUCAGAGAUACUGUAUUAGUAUUUCCAUGUGAAGCUGGUCAUGUGACUUGCCUUGAUUGCUUUCGUGAAUAUUGCACGGUACGUUUACACGAAAGAAGAUUUGAAUUUGAUGAGGAUUAUUAUACUUUACCAUGUCCAGCUGAGUGUCCUAAUUCUUUUAUCCGUGAAGUGCAUCAUUUUCAUCUUCUUGGCACAGAACAGUACGAGAGAUAUCAGAGAUUUAGUACAGAAGAAUAUGUUUUGCGUAUUGGUGGUCUUUUGUGUCCAAGACCAAAUUGUGGAAUGGGCAUUAUACCACCAUCUAUGGAAGAUGAUGAAGAGUGUCGCAGAAUCCAGUGCAUUGGUGGAUGUGGUUAUGUUUUUUGCAGAAUUUGUUUACAAGGAUAUCAUGUAGGAGAAUGUGAGUCGCAAAUGUCAGACACAUCUACAAAUAUCUUUUCUUCUAGACAUUAUUCAGUCGAUCCUCUCAAAGCUAACGAAGCUAAAUGGGACGAAGCUAGUAAAAAGACUAUACAAAUAUCUACAAAACCUUGCCCGAAAUGCAGAACUCCUACUGAAAGAGACGGAGGUUGCAUGCACAUGGUGUGCACAAGAGCAGGAUGUGGUUAUCACUGGUGCUGGGUGUGUCAAACGGAAUGGACUAGAGAAUGUAUGGGCAAUCAUUGGUUUGGAUAAUACAUUGGAAGGAAACUUUGUGUCAGUUUGAUCAUAACAUGUAUGAUAAUUUGAAAGUUAUAUAUACAUAUACAUGAGCAUUAUUAUAAAAAAAUUUUC